GUCCGUCAGGAAUUAACCAACUUCCAAUUUUCCAAAACUGUUUUCUAAUUUAAGCACCAAAAGCCUUAAAGCCCGCCAAGAGCUGCGAGGCCAUCGAACAGACAGAUCAUCACAGUUCACGAACACUAGGGUUCGGUUUCGUUGAUCUUUGCACAUUAAAUUUUCAAAUUGUAAAUUCUCCAAAACAGAAAGUUGCACUCCACUACCUGUUUUUGAGAUAUCAAAAACCCUGGACACCCUAGUUUUCUGGGCAGCAGAUGAUGAUGGAUGGAGAAGAGGAAGGGAACAGGGGAGGAGGAGAGGAAAUUGAAUCGUAUGAAUCAAACCCACGAGCUGAAACUGAGAUUGCUCAAGCGAUACUGAACCUCAUCGAAUCCGUUGCUCAUCUAGGAGGUUACCCAAGAACGCAUAAGAAAUAUUGCUUUGGCCUAGUUAGGCGUAUGAAACUUCUGUUGCCACUUCUAGAGGAGAUCAGGGAUUAUAAUGAGCAAAUUUCCGAGAAGGGUAUUUCUUGUUUGAGUAAUUUGAAGGAGACAUUUCUUUUGGCCGAAAAGCUGCUAAAAGUUUGCAGUGAAGGAAGCAAGAUUGACUUGGCUGUGGAGAGUGAAGCGUUUAUGGUGAAAUUUCGCACAAUAGAUGAAAAAUUAUGCCAAGCUCUGGAAGGUGUGCCUUUCGAUCAACUUGGUAUUUCUGAUGAGACGAAAGAACAGGUGGAACUCAUGUGGAUGCAGCUUAAACGGGCAAAGGGGAAAACAGAUACUCUGGAUGUAGAACUUGAAAUGGAUAUGAUGGCGGUACUCUCUAAGAAAGAUGGCCAGAAUGCUGAUAGUGCUAUAAUAGAAAGGCUAGCAAAAAAGCUAGAUUUGCAUACUGUUGAAGAUCUGAAUAAUGAAACCAUAGCCAUUAGGAAUCUUGUUAAAGAAAGAGGAGGAUUCAAUGCAGAGAAUAUCUUGCAAAUCACUGACCUCCUGAAGAAAUUCAAACAAAUAAUAGGAAUGGAAGUAACUGAUGUGCUAAAUAAUCCUGUCAUGCCUGAAACAUUGGACAUAUGCACAUCUCUAGUCAUUCCCCAUGAAUUCCUCUGUCCAAUCAUGCUAGAGGUAAUGACAGAUCCAGUUAUUAUUGCAUCUGGACAGACAUAUGAGAAGGAAAGCAUAGAGAAGUGGUUUAAUUCCAAUCACUGGACCUGUCCAAAGACGGGACAAACUCUGGCUCACCUGUCAGUCACCCCAAAUUAUGCCCUUAAAAACCUGAUCUUGCAAUGGUGUGAAGAGAACAAAUUUCACCUCCCCAAGAAAGCUGAUUGUGCAUCCUCUGAGAGCUCCACUGACCAUAGCAAAGGCAUCUGCUCUUUGGUUAAGGACCUAUCCUGUAGUCAUUUGGAAAUGCUGAGGAAGGCUGUUAAGAAAAUCCGAAUGCUGUCCAAAGAGAAUGCUGAGAACAGAAUCUUGAUUGCCAGCAAAGGAGGAAUACAACCAUUAAUUCAAAUUCUGUUCUAUCCAGAUUCUGAAAUUCAAGAGCACUCUGUGACAGCUUUAUUGAACUUAUCACUUGAAGUUACUAACAAGAGACUCAUAGUGAAAAGAGGAGGCGUACCAGCUAUCAUAGAAGUUUUGCAGCAUGGAAGGAGACAGGCUAGAGAGAAUUCUGCAGCAGCUCUAUUCAGCUUAUCAAUGCUUUAUGAGAACAAGAUAAUCGUGGGCCUAUCAAAUGGCAUCCCACCAUUAGUAGACUUGCUACAGAGUGGGACACAGAGAGGUAAAAAAGAUGCUGUCUCUGCACUUUUCAAUUUAUCUCUCAACCACUCAAAUAAGGGUAGAGCCAUUGAUGCUGGCAUUGUUACAACCUUAGUCCAGUUGCUUAAGGACAAAAACUUGGGUAUAGUUGAUGAGGCUCUGUCCUUCCUUUUACUACUUGUAUCACAUCCUGAGGGGCGAAGCGAAAUUGGGCAGAUAUCAUGCAUUGAAAGCCUAGUAGAAUUCAUUAAAGAAGGCAACCCCAAGAACAAGGAAUAUGCAACUUCAGUCCUCCUUGAGUUGGGGUCAAGCAACUCAUCUUUCAUACUUGCUGCACUUCAGUUUGGUGUAUAUGAGCAUUUACUGGAAAUAUCAACCAGUGGAACCCAUAGAGCCCAGAAAAAGGCAAAUUCACUUUUACAACUUAUAAACAAGACCGAACAAAUUUGAGAUGUAAAUUCAAAUUUUUUACCACUAAUCACUCACGCCACAUUAAAAAUGAAACAAAGAUGAUGUCCAUUGAUUGCUUUUGUAAUAUUUAAUUGUGGUUCAGAUAAUGUUAGCUGUAGUUCUUUUUACAU